GCCAUCAGAUACUAAAUUAAUGAAAAAAUUUUUUGGAAUUAAGAACAAAGAUGAUGCAGUUCGGCCAUUAUCUCCACAACCAGGUCCAAGCAAACCGUCUGCUUCAGUUCAAGAAGAAUCAGAGGAAACGAGACCGAGUACAACAAAUGAAUUACACUCCACUUCUGAUUCUGAUAAUUCAGUAUCCAGUAAGGUGCAGCCAAGUGUCAGAUUUUCCAAUGCUUUCAUUUGUAAUGUCCUGGCUGCCGCAACUAAAUAUUUGAGAUGUUCAUCUGAUACAAUAGUCGAUCCACAGUACAUGAACUCCACUAAGGAUUUCACCACAGAAAACUCACAUCCUGUGAUCACCACAUGGUCGACAGAUGAAUUUUUAUCCAGUUCUUCCUAUAAAAAUACAUGA